AUGUCUGAUUCUGUAUUAAAUAAUUCCUGGCCGUCUUUCUCCAAACUGUGGAUGAAGAGGUGGUCGUUCAAAAGAGCAUCAGAAUGCAAACCAUGCUCAGGAUUUAUUAUGGCAGAGGAAAAGGAUGAUGCCUCUGUUGACCUUGAUGAGUGUUCCCACAAUGCUGCAAGUAGCAGUGAGGACCUGCAUUCCCUAGACUCUUCACUUCAAGGGACAGAAUACUACAAAGACCUUGUAAUAAUGGAGCCUUCACCCAAGAUGACUCCCAAACGUUCUUCAGCUUCAUUUUGCGUUGCUGGAGAAACUAACAUUAGCUUUGAUAAGGGGGAGGUUAUCAUCACUUAUACCAAGCCUCUACUCUGCCCUGUGGCCUGUGGAUCUAGAUCACCACAAGGAUUAAAUGUAGGUGGAGCUCCUGGAGAAAGAAAUUAUAUACCCCAAGAAGAGGAAGACAUAGUUGAAGUGCAGGAACCCAUUCCUAUUUUAGUGAGAUCAUUAUCAACUUCAAGGAGACACAGUUGGGAUGAUGCAGUCACACCAACUGACAGUGUCCGCAGGUGUGCUCAUGCACUUGCUGAAUACAAACUUGUCAUUAUCAGGCUUGUGAAAUAG